CACUUCGCCCUCGAAUAUAAAGACCAUUUUGUCUGCCCGGCUCUUCCUUGCACAACGGCGCACAAACGGCGUGGAGCUGAUCCGUCCGAUAGCAUCAAGGGUGGGAUGGGCACAUUGUGGUGCGAACUUGCUACGGCGGACAUCCUAACUCCGCCGGCCACCGGCCCGGUGUCACAGCGACAGCUUUCCUCACGGUUAUCUAGCUCUGCUAUCCCAAUCGAGACGCGCAUCGAAGCUCCGCGGUCGGAAACUCGAGUUAUCACACCGCCUCCGCCAAAUGUCGCCCCAGCCCCAGAAACACGUCGUCUUCGACGUCGUCGGCACCUGCGUCUCCUUCGACGCCUACUACGCCCGCAUAGACGCCGUUCUGGGCCGUAAACUCCGCCAGCUCACCAUCACGCCUCAACACUUCGGCUUCACCUGGCAGACUGCCGCAGAACUGGAAUUCACCUUCCUGUCCAUCUCAGAGAGCUACAAGGCCUACAAGGAGGUUCUUCGAGGGCUCUUCUACCGCACGCUUAGCCUCUGCGGCGUCGCGGAUCCGCGCGUCCUGGCCACCGACGAGGAACGCGAUCAGUGCAUUGAGGGCUACGGCGCGUUGGAGCUGCGGCCGGGCUGCCGCGAGACGUUCCAGCUGCUGCGCGAGAAUGGCUUCACUGUAUGGUGUUUUACGACCGGCGAUGUGCAGCGCGUGAAAGGGUAUUUCGAGCGGGCGAAUGUCGAGAUGCCGGUUGAGAAUUUUAUCAGCUGCGACUCGUUAGGCGUGGCGAAGCCUGCGCUCCCCGCGUACCAGGCUGUGUGCAAGCGGCUAGGCGGGAACGACGUAAAGUGGUUUGCUGCUGCCCAUCUGUGGGAUGUUGCGGCUGCGACCAAGGUUGGAUUCCGGGGCGCGUGGAGUUCGGUGCUGGAGAAGGAGGCGUGUCUUGAUGUUUUUAGCGAUGCGAAGUUGGAGGUUGUGGCUGGGGGGUUGGAAGAUAUGGCGAAGCAGAUUAUAGAGAAGUCACGGUAGCAAUGGUUGGAGAUGC